UACGGAGAACCUUGAAAAAAAGUAAACUGAGUAAAGCGCUUUGUGAAAGAAAUCAAUUGAAAUCAAACAACGCAGUUGGCGAAGGUAAACACGCGUCCAUUAACAUUCGCAAAUCGUACUCAAACAACAAAGGAGCCCACAACAAGCCAUCAGAGUGCAAUUCAUCUGACUUGGGCUCGCAAAGUUCUCCUAAGUCCGGCUCAAGCGGUUGUUGGCUAGUGCUAACUGAGAAUAAUAUGUUUACAUCGCCCAAGCUAUGCCGCGAAUUGAAAUUUUGGAUUUGUACGUUUGUUUUCCUAUCAACUUUAUUUCGCAUUCUCAAUGCUGUGCCGGCACCAGCCACUAACACAAAUGGAUCGGGUGAAAACGACCCGUGUGUGGUGAAACAAGGAGUUUUUGGAAAGUGUACUCUACCCCGAAAUUGUCCCGAUCUCAUAACGCAAAUGCAAAAUUUGGGACUUUCCAACAAGGAUGUAGUCCGCUGUGGUUUCACCACCUUUGAGGAAAUAAUUUGCUGCCCCGUGGCAGCGGAUACAAAUGUUCUAGGAAUUUUUAAUACCACAAAUGAUUUUAUAAAAAAUACUCGGAAUUCGAAUGGCGGCAACAAUGAACGCGGAGACUUCGGCGCCCAAGAGCGAAAAGCGCUGAAAGCAUGUCGCUUACUCGAGGACUUUGCAGAGCCAUUUACCGUGCCGCAUAUACUUGGCGGCUCACCGGUUGCGCCGGGCGAAUACCCGCACAUGGCGGCAAUCGGUUACGCAUCCAUUAAUGAACGAGGCCCGCCCUAUGAUAUACGUUGCGGUGGCACACUCAUAGCCAAACGUUUUGUGCUCACGGCGGCGCAUUGCGUUAAUCGACGUGACAGCGUGCCGGCUAUUGUGCGUUUGGGCGUGACCGAUUUUAAUAAUGCCGACCAAAUGAAAAAUGCUGUCGAUAUGCCCAUUGAGUUGGUGCACAUCCACAAGGACUACAACAGCCUGCAGAAGUAUGACGAUAUUGCCAUAAUCGAGCUAAAAAAUGACGUCGAAUACUCCUCGCUGGUGUUUCCAGCUUGCCUGCAUACAGACCUAGCUGAUCCGCCGCCAAGCGCGGCACUCAAUGUAACUGGCUGGGGCACAACUAACUUGAGAACACGUGAAAAAUCCAACGUUCUACUCACGGCACGUGUUAAGAUUUUUUCCUUAGAAGACUGCAAUGCCGCCUAUACGCGCCUAGGUAUUUUACCCGCGCGCGGAAUAUUGCCCACACAAAUGUGCAUUCACGAUCCAGAUUUGAUCAGUGACGCCUGUUGGGGCGACUCCGGUGGACCGCUCAAUCUCAUAAUCGACGAAAAAUAUCGCAAAAUGCAGGUUAUUGGCAUAGUCUCGGCUGGAAGUGGUUGCGCGACGACCACGCCUAGUUUGUAUACACGAGUUGCGUCGUAUUUGGAUUUUAUAGAGGAUAUCGUGUGGAAGGAUUUAUGAAAUUUUAGUUUAUAAAGGGUGGUCCAGAGACAAGUUUCUUUUUGAAUCGUAUAUGGGUUUGGCAUCGUCUGCCUUACACGCUCGAAAUCUUGACUUGAGGUCGAAAUUAUGUCCGCGGAAUGAAAUGAGUCGCCUUAUGAUUGAACAAAUCCUAAAAAAAAUAAGUCUUUACAGAAAUCAGAGUGGGGUCAAGGUAGUAGCAUA